AUGCUUUCGGCCUUUGUCGGUCAGUUUGGCGGGAGCGUGGGAGGGAUGGUGAUGGAAGAGGCGGCAACAGAGAGGAGAGGAGAGACAACGAGAGAGAGGAGAGGAGAUGAUACCACGAGGUUGGUGGAUGCGAAGGGAUUCAGCCGCGCAGUCAUGGUGGAUGGAGAAGCGAAGGUUGUAAAGAAGUGGGGAGACCGAGGACGACUGAGGACGGAGAAUCGAGUUUGGAGGGACAGUGGUUGCGGAAACAACUGGGCAAUGGGAUACUUUGGUGAAGGCGCAAGGAUGAGGACACCGACUGCAACUGAGGAGAAUGAAAAUGUUUUGGUGAGGCGAGCAAUGGAGGUUUUGAGGAGGGAGGGAGAGCGUCUAGAUCGUUGUGAAGGCUGCAUGGUGUAUCACUCGCUUGCAGGAGGCACGGGAUCGGGACUUGGGUCCAGGCUCUUAGAGGAAAUCCGUGAUACCUUCAGCUGCCCUUUACUUUCCGUCUCCGUCCUGCCCUUCUCGGUCGGAGAACUUCCUCUUCAGUACUACAAUAGCACGCUCUGUCUUUCCCGCAUCGUAGAAGAGGCUGAUGCUUGCCUUCUCUUUUCUAACGACGACAUUCUUUCCAUCAUGUCAAAGCGGCUGGCUAAGAAGAUAGGAUCUGUUGUACGACCCGGGGAUGCAGCAGGAACGCUCGUGAAGACAGAAGAUCUCAACAUGCAUUUCCAGACUUCGAGCAAGCAUCGAUCUGAUGUGCAAGGAAUCUCCUGGACUAAAUUGAGCCAGCAACUUUUCACUGAGGCUCCGCGUUAUCAGCCGGCUCUAUCCUCUACGAGUGGUGAAGCCCUCUGUCGGAUCAAGACGUGCGCGUCUCGGCUGAUAUUUCGAGGAAACGCAGCGAUGAGUCAGGCAUCUGAGAUAUCGUCGAGCCUCGAGAACGAGCUCUGUCGCAGUGCCGAACAAGUCUCGUGGAUGAAAGGACCCAAGUCGUUCGUGUACGGCUCUCCUCGCCCAAUCUUCAAACACUCGACCAAGAGCCUCACGUGGGCGACCACAAGGUCCUCGUACCUGCCGGCUUUCACCCACAUCCUUCACCGCUGUGAAGACAUGCUGGAGUCGAGAGCCUAUCUUCACUGGUAUGUUCGGUAUGGACUGAGGGCAGAAGAUAUGCAAGAGGCAAUCGAGUUGAUGAGGAGUUGGUUGUCAGACUCGAGCGAAUUCUUCGGUCGUUCACUUCUUUUUAACUAG